AUGGCUUCUCUCAGACUCGCUACUAUCAAAGAUAUAGAUGAUAUCCUGAACAUUUUUAAAUCCGCCGUGGCCCUCUUGAAGGGACAAGGCAUAGAUCAAUGGCAGAACGGCUACCCGAACAAAGAGCAAGCAGUGAUAGAUAUUCAGAAGGGCUUAUCUUAUGUUUUAAUCUACGAAGGGGAAGUUGCUGCCGUGGGAACAAUUACCACGGAAACCGACCCAUCUUACACCGCUAUAGAGGGAAGUUGGAUAGAAAAUGAUAGCCCGGUAUAUGCUUCUCUGCACCGAAUUGCGGUAUCUAAUAAAUUUCGGGGAAAGCGGCUUGGCCAAUUGAUGCUGGCGAGUUUGGUGGAAAAGUGUAGGGAACUGAGCUUAAACGAUGUUAGAGUUGAUACCCAUACCGAUAAUAAAGCGAUGCAGGCACUUGUGUACAAGAGAGGUUUUGAGUACCGUGGAAUCAUUCCCAAAUACGGAGGAACUUCUUCCAGACUUGCCUAUCAGUUACUUAUUGAUUGUAGCGAUAAGGAGCAUGGUGGUUGA